GACGCUGCAGAGAAGAUGGAGCUGGAAGACGUCCUGCCAGAUGACGAAGAAAAGACAACAGAUAAGACGUCACUCAGAUGUUACAUAGAGAGCUUGAGAUGGUUCACAUCACAGGUUAGCAAGGGCUUGAACGCUACUGGGAAUCCAUCAGGGUCUGACGUGAAGUUUCAUGAUUUAAUCAUGGACAAGAGUGAACUGGUACAGAAGGCCAAACUGGCUGAACAGGCUGAGCGCUAUGACGACAUGGCUGCUGCCAUGAAAGCUGUGACUGAGCAGGGAGGCGAGCUCUCCAAUGAGGAAAGGAACCUGCUCUCUGUUGCCUAUAAAAACGUUGUAGGUGCCCGCCGAUCCUCUUGGCGCGUGGUCUCCAGCAUCGAGUCGAAGACUGAGGGAAAUGAGAAGAGGCAGCAGAUGGCACGAGAAUACCGUGAGAAGAUAGAGGCAGAGCUGACGGAAAUCUGCACAGAUGUUUUGGACCUGCUGGACAAGCAUCUGAUUGCAAAUGCAACCCCACCAGAAAGCAAGGUUUUCUAUCUGAAAAUGAAGGGGGAUUAUUACCGGUAUCUCUCAGAAGUAGCCAGUGGAGAUCAAAAACAAGGUACUGUAGCGAACUCUCAGCAGGCCUAUCAGGAAGCUUUUGAAAUUAGCAAGAGUGAGAUGCAGCCAACACAUCCUAUUCGACUUGGACUUGCCCUAAACUUCUCCGUCUUCUACUAUGAAAUUCUCAACUCCCCAGAAAAGGCCUGCAGUCUAGCGAAAUCAGCAUUUGAUGAGGCGAUAGCUGAACUGGACACAUUGAAUGAGGAGUCCUAUAAAGACAGCACUCUUAUCAUGCAGCUACUAAGGGACAAUCUUACACUAUGGACUUCAGAACACCAGAGCGAGGACGCCGACAACGUAGAGGGAGACAACUAACAGCUGCCACGCAUCCGAAUUUUUUGUUUUUUUUCACUGUCACUCUGUAUUGUAUACCCCUCCCCCUUCCCUCGUGCAACAAGUAAAUAGAAUAGUACAUCGACUUUCACAACCUCCGUGUAGCAGAAUAAUUUGUGGAUUUAAGGAAAAUUUUCAGGUGUUUUACCGGACAAAUACAUUCUAAUACUUCUGUAUAUAUGAUAUAUUUGUACUUGUAUAUCAUAUAUAUAUGAUUUAAAUAUGUAAUUAUGUCGUUAUUUUUUAACUGAACACUGUGAUGACGGGGUUUUGCUAGUAACAUUCUAAGUCAGGAUUUUCUCCCCGCUUCCCCCUUUCUCCUCCCUUCCCCCCCCCCCCCCCCCCUCUUUCAACAUUAGAGACUUAUUAUUUUAGGACAAAAAGUCGAAGUACAAUUCUGCUGUACCUGUUUUACAGGAUGUUGGUGACCAUACUGUAACCCCACCCCGGGAUGAAUUGGGUUCAUAACAUGGUGUUUUGUUCCUGUAUCAAUGAUCUAUUUUGAUUGAGUUGAAUAUUACAUAUGGAACUUAAUUUGUAAGCCUGGAUAUAAUAAUCAAUUUAUAUUUUUUUUUUGUAUUUUUUUUCCCGAAUAUUUAGUCAUUAUGAGUUUUUCUAUUAGUGUGAUGCGCACUUUUGUCACUAUGUGUUAAAGGAAAAAAAAAAAAAUUAUGACAUCAGGGGCUCAAACAGAAUAUACUGUACAACUAUAUUGGUAACUAUUGUUAGUAGCUUAAAAAAAAAAUGACUGUCAGAUUCUUAAAGGAAAAAAAUAGAGCGUAUGUGUAAGGUCUUCCCAUCAUCUCUGUUGUGGAGUAUUUUAGAAAUCUGGUCAUUUUCUUUCUUCCUUGCCAUAGUAUUUUAACUGUUUACAUUUUGUUUCUUUUUAAUGCAAUCCGUCAUUCUGCUUUAUAACUUCUGGUGGUUUCCUGUUUUCGUUCUCUCCCCCGCUUGAGAGGUCCUCCUCCUAAAGGUAUAAAAAUCUGAUUAAUAACCUUCCGCAGCACCCAGACCUCCACAGUUGGAUUGAAUUGAACUCAGAUUUCCAUAGGUUACUAUAGUUAAUCUGAGGUUUUCCAUGUGUGUUGUUGCCGUCAUAUAAACGCUAAAAUGCAGCUGCAGUACAGAUGUCUGAAAUAGACCCUGAAUGGGUUAUCAAGGAUUAGAAAAAUGGCACCACCCCUGUCCUCAGGUUGUGUAUGGUAUUACAGCUCUGCUUCAUUCGAGUCUAUGGAACUGAGCUGCAAUACUACACACAACCUGAGGAAGAAAUCCGCUCUGUUUUGCUAAUCCUGGAUAACCCCUUUUUAAUGUGCCUCUACACUUUUAAUAGCUGUCCAGCCAAAAUAUGGCUGUUCCUCUUGACUACCCCAUCAUACACAUGUACACUCAGCCUGGCUGAGUGUGCAUGUGUUUGCAGCGAGGAGAGGAGACACCUGGCGAAUCUCCAGGGUUAACUAUAUAGAUAUAUGUAUAUUGAAAUUCAACAGUUAAAGGGGGGAGUAUUAAAGGAAUAAAAAAACAGGCCUUUAUUCUUUCAAAGACCGCGCCCUCCUUGCCUCCUCUUUGGGUGUGGUAUUACGACUUGGCUCCAUUCACUUGAAUGGAACUGAGAUGCAGAACCACACCCAAACUGGAGACAAACAGGGAGAGGUCUUUGAAAGAAAAAAGGCCUGUUUUUUUUAUUCCUUGAAUACCCUUUUAAGGCCCUUAUACACAAAAGGUGUUCCUACUGAAAUCUGAUUUUCCAUAACGCGUAUUAGGGUCUUUAGAUUUGGAAAGACAUGGCUUGGCUUCUACAAAGCUGCUUUGUUCCUACUGUGCUGUCAGCAGUGCCCAUCCCAUGCUGAGUUAUAUGAGAAAGGUUAGUUGCUAUGGACAAACAGCCUUUAAAGGGGUUAUUCAGGGUUGAUUUUUUUUUCCAAAAACAGCACCACUCUUGUCUUCAGGUUGUGUGUGGUAUUGCAGCUCAGGUCUGCUGAAGAUGUGCAGAUUGCCGACUGACCCUUUGAAGUAAACGGUAGCGUAACUCGCAGCAGGUUACCCGCUUCGAGUUAUGCUACCAUUUACUUCAAAGGGUCCGUCGGUUACGUUCGUGUGUACGUAGCAUGUGUUGUUGUCAAGCACGGCACGUCCCUAGCAACCAGUUUGUCAGAAUUAAAGGGGUACUCCUGUGGAAAACUUUUUUUUUAAAUCAACUAGAGCCAGAAAGUUAAACAGAAUAGUAAAUUACUUCUAUUAAAAAAUCUUAAUCUUUCCAGUACUUAUUAGCUGAUGAAUACUACAGAGGAAAUUCUUUUCUUUUUGGAACACAGAGCUCUCUGCUGACAUCAUGACCACAGUGCUCUCUACUGACAUCUCUGUCCAUUUUAAGAACUGUCCAGAGUAGGAGAAAAUUCCCAUAGCAAACAUAUGCUGCUCUGGACAGUUCCUAAAAUGGACAGAGAUAGCAGCAGAGAGCACUGUGGUCAUGCUGUCAGCAGAGAGCUCUGUGUUCCAAAAUAAAACGAUUUCCUCUGUAGUAUUCAGAAGCUAAUAAGUACUGGAAGAAUUAAGAUUUUUUUAUAGAAGUAAUUUACAAAUCUAACAAGUUUAACUUUCUGGCACUAGUUGAUGAUAAAAAAAAAAAAGGACCCCUUUAACAUAUCUUCAGCUCAAUGCCAAAGUGAUACUAGGCUGAGGACUCUUACAGCUUUAUUAAUCAGAUUUUUGUUAAUAGGUGAUGCCCCUCCAGAGUACAAUCUCUUCACUGCACGGCCCAGUUUGAGACUUUCACGCCCUACGUUUUUUAUGCGUUCACCAAAUUUUUGGGAGUCUUUUACAAUCUCUCAUCACCAAAUAUUGUAGGCGUUUAUGCAGUAAGACGUGUAUCUGACAUCGGUUGUUAAGUCGUAACGCGCAGAGUACUGUAUUUAGUUAGUCACUGUUCAGGCUGUCGGCAUCAUUCCGAUACAUUUUUUUAAAUUUAUUUUUUUUUUUUUUUUACAUUCCACUUCGGCUGUAUCAUUUUUUUUUUUUUUUUCCCUAAGUGUCUGUCCGCCUGUCCGCUUCAAGGCAAAAAUAUCCAUGCACUGAUCUUUCAGUCUCCGAACAAGACGUACAGUUAAUACUUGCGCUUUAUAAAUGCAGUAGUGAAUGUGGAACUGAGCCUGUCUGUAUAUCUGGUAGCUCUUUAUUUUUUUAUUAUUAUUGUUUUGGCUUUGUUUUUACUGACCAGUAUUCUGCCUAAGGUUUGCUUCUGUGUUGGUUUCAAUUACCUAGCACACACGUGGUUGUGAAAAAUUUAGUCUAGCGCAAUAAAAAAAGAUGAAAAAAAAAAAAAAAAAAAUGGUUAUUGAUGUACUCAAAUUUGUGUAUGUAUUUUCAACAGUUCUAGAGUUUCACCCUACACAGAAUAAUCAGGAACAUGUAACAAUUCAAGCAAAAUAAAUAAUCCAUGUUA